AUGCGUCGCAGCGGUGUUGGUAUCCUGGGUAGGGCGCGCGCGCGUACUCUCAAAAUGACAGUCACCAUAGUACUGGUGUUCUUCACAUGUUGGUCACCGUACUACUGCUACUGUCUAUGGUUCUGGAUAGACAAGGAGCAAAUAAGGACUUUAGACCCUGCGCUGCAGAAGGCGAUGUGGCUGUUCUCGUGCACCAACUCUUGUGCAAACCCCAUUGUGUAUGGGGUGUUUAACAGGAACCGAUGGACGUGGAAAUCAGGACCUAACGCGAGAUACUGCGGUAGCACGAGGAGAGGCUCCAAGUUCCCGUACUACGGUGAAUCUAUGGAGAUAUCAGCGGCGACACUGGCGCGCGCGCGUCAUUCACUCGUCGAACACAACGAUAACAAGGAGGCCGCAUACAUAAACAACGGCAGUGUGAAACAUAUCAACAAUAAUCAUGUAGGCAACGGAAUGGUGUAA